AUGGCCGAGGCUGUGCUGGCUGCUCUGGGCGCGGCCGCCCCGUUCCUGCGCCCGUCGGAGGCCGAGCGCGUGGCCGCCCAGACCCGCCCCUUCGAGCCGCGCGCAGAGUGCUUCGUGCCCCACCCCCAGCACGAGUUCGUGCGCGGACGAAUCACGGAGCGGCGCGGGGCUGACGUCAUCGUGACCACCGAGCUCGGGGAGACGGUGACCGUGAAGGAGGCCGAUGUGCACCCCCAGAACCCCCCCAAGUUCGACAAGAUGGAGGACAUGGCCAUGCUGACCUUCCUGCACGAGCCCGCGGUGCUCUUCAACCUCAAGGAGCGCUAUGCAGCCUGGAUGAUCUAUACCUACUCUGGGCUCUUCUGCGUCACCGUCAACCCCUACAAGUGGUUGCCUGUCUACAACGCGGAGGUGGUUGCCGCUUAUCGGGGCAAGAAGAGGAGCGAAGCUCCUCCCCACAUCUUCUCCAUCUCCGACAACGCCUACCAGUACAUGCUGACGGACCGUGAGAAUCAAUCCAUCCUCAUCACCGGAGAAUCCGGCGCGGGGAAGACAGUCAACACCAAGAGGGUCAUCCAGUACUUCGCCAGCAUCGCUGCCAUCGGCGACCGCAAGAAGGAGGCGACCAACAGCAGCAAGGGCACCCUGGAGGACCAGAUCAUCCAGGCCAACCCGGCGCUGGAGGCCUUCGGCAAUGCCAAGACCGUUCGCAAUGACAACUCAUCACGCUUCGGCAAGUUCAUCCGGAUCCACUUUGGGGCCACCGGGAAGUUGGCGUCAGCUGAUAUUGAGACCUACCUCCUGGAGAAGUCCCGCGUCAUCUUCCAGCUGAAGGCUGAGAGGAACUACCACAUCUUCUACCAGAUCCUCUCCAACAAGAAGCCAGAGCUUCUGGAGAUGCUUCUGAUCACCACCAACCCUUACGACUACAGUUACGUCUCCCAAGGAGAGGUGACCGUGGCCUCCAUCGAUGAUGCUGAGGAGCUGCUGGCCACCGACAGCGCUUUUGAUGUUCUGGGCUUCACCACCGAGGAGAAGGCCGGGGUCUAUAAGCUGACUGGGGCCAUCAUGCACUUCGGCAACAUGAAGUUCAAGCAGAAGCAGCGGGAGGAGCAGGCUGAGCCGGACGGCACCGAAGAUGCUGACAAGUCGGCUUAUCUGAUGGGCCUCAACUCGGCCGAUCUUCUCAAGGGCUUAUGCCACCCUCGAGUCAAGGUUGGCAAUGAGUACGUCACCAAGGGGCAGAACGUGCAGCAGGUCUACUACUCCAUCGGAGCCUUGGCCAAGGCCGUCUAUGAGAAGAUGUUCAACUGGAUGGUGGUGAGGAUCAACAACUCGCUGGAGACCAAGCAGCCGCGGCAGUAUUUCAUCGGCGUCCUGGACAUCGCUGGCUUCGAGAUCUUCGAUUUCAACAGCUUCGAGCAGCUCUGCAUCAACUUCACCAACGAGAAGCUGCAGCAGUUCUUCAACCACCACAUGUUCGUGCUGGAGCAGGAGGAGUACAAGAAGGAGGGCAUUGAGUGGGAGUUCAUUGACUUCGGCAUGGACCUCCAGGCCUGCAUUGACCUCAUUGAGAAGCCCAUGGGCAUCAUGUCCAUCUUGGAGGAGGAGUGCAUGUUCCCCAAGGCUUCGGACAUGACCUUCAAGGCCAAACUCUAUGACAACCACUUGGGCAAGUCGGCCAACUUUGGGAAGCCCAGGAACGUCAAAGGCAAGACAGAAGCUCACUUCUCAUUGGUCCACUACGCUGGCACCGUGGACUACAACAUCAUUGGCUGGUUGGAGAAGAACAAGGACCCUCUCAACGAGACGGUGGUUGGGCUCUACCAGAAGUCAGGCCUCAAACUCUUGGCCAGCCUCUUCUCCAACUACGCUGGGGCAGACACCGGUGGUGAUGGAGGGAAGGGCAAAGGAGCCAAGAAGAAAGGUUCCUCCUUCCAGACUGUGUCUGCUCUGCACCGGGAGAACCUCAACAAGCUGAUGACCAACCUCAAGACCACCCACCCCCACUUUGUCCGAUGCCUCAUCCCCAAUGAGCGGAAGGAGCCAGGGGUAAUGGACAACCCCUUGGUGAUGCACCAGCUCCGCUGCAAUGGGGUCUUGGAAGGUAUCCGCAUCUGCCGCAAGGGCUUCCCCAACCGCAUCCUCUAUGGGGACUUCCGUCAACGGUAUCGCAUCUUGAACCCAGCGGCCAUCCCUGAAGGACAGUUCAUUGACAGCAGGAAAGGGGCUGAGAAGCUUCUGGGCUCCAUCGACAUUGACCACAGCCAAUAUAAGUUUGGCCACACCAAGGUCUUCUUCAAGGCUGGGCUGCUGGGGCAGCUGGAGGAGAUGCGGGACGAGCGUCUCUCCCGCAUCAUCACCCGCAUCCAAGCUCAAGCCCGGGGACAGCUCAUGCGCCUGGAGUUCAAGAAGAUCCUGGAGCGCAGGGACGCGCUGCUGGUGAUCCAAUGGAACAUCCGAGCCUUCAUGGGAGUGAAGAACUGGCCAUGGAUGAAGCUCUACUUCAAGAUCAAGCCCUUGCUGCAGAGUGCUGAGACGGAGAAGGAGAUGCAGACCAUGAAGGAGGAGUUUGGGCGGCUGAAGGAAGCCCUGGAGAAGUCAGAAGCGCGACGGAAGGAGCUGGAGGAGAAGAUGGUCUCCAUGCUGCAGGAGAAGAACGAUCUCCAGCUCCAAGUGCAGGCUGAGCAGGACAACCUGACGGAUGCCGAGGAGCGUUGUGACCAGUUGAUCAAGAACAAGAUCCAGUUGGAGGCCAAGGUGAAGGAGCUGACGGAGCGGCUGGAGGAGGAGGAGGAGAUGAACGCUGAGCUCACGGCCAAGAAGAGGAAGCUGGAAGAUGAAUGCUCUGAGCUGAAGAAAGACAUUGAUGACCUGGAGCUGACUUUGGCCAAGGUGGAGAAGGAGAAACAUGCCACUGAGAACAAGGUCAAGAACCUCACGGAGGAGAUGGCCAGCUUGGAUGAGACCAUCACCAAGCUGACCAAGGAGAAGAAGGCUCUGCAAGAAGCUCACCAGCAAGCGCUGGAUGACCUGCAAGCUGAGGAAGACAAAGUCAACACCUUGACCAAGGCCAAAGUCAAGCUGGAACAGCAGGCGGAUGAUCUUGAAGGCUCCUUGGAGCAGGAGAAGAAGAUCCGGAUGGACCUGGAACGUGCCAAGAGGAAGCUGGAAGGGGACUUGAAGCUGACCCAGGAGAACAUCAUGGACCUGGAGAACGACAAACAGCAGCUGGAGGAGAAACUGAAGAAGAAGGACUUCGAGAUCCACCAGCAGAACAGCAAGAUGGAGGACGAGCAGGCGCUGGCCCUGCAGCUCCAGAAGAAGCUGAAGGAGCUGCAGGCUCGGAUUGAGGAGCUGGAGGAGGAGCUGGAGGCCGAGCGGACGGGCAGGGCCAAGGUGGAGAAGCUCCGGUCGGAGCUGUCGCGGGAGCUGGAGGAGCUCAGCGAGCGCCUGGAGGAGGCUGGAGGAGCCACCUCGGUGCAGAUGGAGCUCAACAAGAAGAGAGAGGCCGAGUUCCAGAAGAUGCGUCGGGACCUGGAGGAGGCCACACUGCAGCAUGAGGCCACGGCCGCAGCCCUGCGCAAGAAGCACGCGGAUGGUGUGGCCGAGCUGGCCGAGCAGCUGGACAACCUGCAGCGGGUCAAGCAGAAGCUGGAGAAGGAGAAGAGUGAGCUCAAGCUGGAGCUGGACGACCUCAGCUCCAACAUGGAGCAGCUGCUCAAAGCCAAGGUGGCCAUGGAGAAGGUCUCCCGCACCAUGGAGGACCAGGCAGCCGAGCACCGCGCCAAGCUGGAGGAAACCCAGCGGGUGCUCAAUGACACCACCACCCAACGGGCAAAGCUCCAGACAGAGAAUGGAGAGCUGAGCCGGCAGCUGGAUGAGAAGGAGGCCCUCAUCUCCCAGCUGACCAGGGGCAAGCAGUCGUACACCCAACAGCUGGAGGACCUCAAGAGGCAGCUGGAGGAGGAGGUGAAGGCCAAGAACGCUCUGGCACAUGCCCUGCAGUCAGCCCGACAUGACUGUGACCUCCUGCGGGAGCAGUACGAGGAGGAGACCGAGGCCAAGGCUGAGCUCCAACGCGCUCUCUCCAAGGCCAACUCUGAGGUCGCCCAGUGGAGGACCAAGUAUGAGACAGACGCUAUCCAGAGAACCGAGGAGCUGGAGGAGGCCAAGAAGAAGCUGGCGCAGAGGCUGCAGGAGGCCGAGGAGGCCGUGGAGGCCGUGAACGCCAAGUGCUCCUCCUUGGAGAAGACCAAGCACCGGCUGCAGAACGAGAUCGAGGACCUGCUGGUGGACCUGGAGAGGUCGAACGCGGCAGCUGCUGCCCUGGACAAGAAACAGAGGAACUUCGAUAAGGUGCUGGCUGAGUGGAAGCAGAAGGUGGAGGAGGCUCAGGCUGAGCUGGAAGCCUCACAGAAGGAGGCUCGAGCCCUCAGCACGGAGCUCUUCAAGCUGAGGAAUGCCUAUGAGGAGGCCCUGGAGCACCUGGAGACCUUCAAGAGGGAGAACAAGAACCUUCAAGAGGAGAUCUCGGACCUGACGGAGCAGCUGAGCUCCAGCCACAAGAGCAUCCAUGAGCUGGAGAAGGUCAGGAAGCAGCUGGAUGCUGAGAAGCUGGAGCUGCAGGCGGCGCUGGAGGAGGCAGAGGCCUCCCUGGAGCAUGAGGAAGGGAAGAUCCUGAGGGCUCAGCUGGAGUUCAACCAGGCCAAGGUGGAUCAUGAGCGGAAACUGGCUGAGAAGGACGAGGAGAUGGAGCAGGCCAAGCGCAACCACCUGCGGGUGGUGGACUCCCUCCAGACCUCCUUGGACGCUGAGACCCGGAGCCGCAACGAGGCCUUGAGGCUGAAGAAGAAGAUGGAAGGUGACCUGAAUGAGAUGGAGAUCCAGCUGGGACAUGCCAACCGCGCGGCUGCUGAGGCCCAGAAGCAAGUCAAGACCUUGCAGGGUUACCUCAAGGACACUCAGCUCCAGCUGGAUGACGUGGGGCGCAUCAAUGAGGACCUGAAGGAGAACAUGGCCAUGGUGGAGAGGAGGAACAACCUCCUGCAGGCUGAGCUGGAGGAGCUGCGGGCGGUGGUGGAGCAGACCGAGAGGACCCGCAAGUUGGCUGAGCAGGAGCUGAUCGAAGCCACCGAGAGGGUCCAGCUCCUGCACUCACAGAACACCAGCCUCAUCAACCAGAAGAAGAAGAUGGAAGGAGACAUCUCCCAGCUGCAGACCGAGGUGGAAGAGGCCGUCCAGGAGUGCCGCAAUGCCGAGGAGAAGGCCAAGAAAGCCAUCACUGACGCAGCCAUGAUGGCAGAGGAGCUGAAGAAGGAGCAGGACACCAGCGCUCACCUGGAGCGCAUGAAGAAGAACAUGGAGCAGACCAUCAAGGACCUGCAGCUGCGGCUGGACGAGGCUGAGCAGUUGGCUCUCAAGGGGGGCAAGAAGCAGCUCCAGAAGCUGGAGACGCGAGUGAGGGACCUGGAGACGGAGCUGGAGGCUGAGCAGAAGCGCAAUGCAGAGAGCGUCAAGGGGCUGCGCAAGUCCGAGCGGCGCGUCAAGGAGCUCAGCUACCAGACAGAGGAGGACAAGAAGAACCUCCUGCGGCUGCAGGACCUGGUGGACAAGCUGCAGAUGAAAGUCAAGGCCUACAAGAGGCAGGCGGAGGAGGCGGAGGAACAAGCCAACACCAACCUGACCAAGUUCCGGAAGGUGCAACAUGAGCUGGAUGAAGCUGAGGAACGCGCGGACAUGGCUGAGUCCCAGGUCAACAAGCUGAAGGCCAAGAGCCGGGACAUCAGCUCCAAGAAGCUGCACGAUGAGGAGUGACCCCACCACCAUGACCAUGUGACCCCAUGACCCCACGUGAC